GCUAUAGGGUAGUCGUUGCAGUCGUCACCAGACGAUACAGCAAACGAGUAGCCAACGAUGACUGAAUUCGGACGAACGCCAUCUGGAAAAAAUAAAGUUCAAAAAGUAAUUAGACUUGUGCAAUGUGAAGUUUGAGUGUUAGCUAAGUGUUUGUUUGUAAAAAUAAAUCAAAAUGCCGCUGCUGGUGGAUUGCAAAAAUAGAAAUGUGGCCAAGAAUGCUGCAGUGCCUCUAGUUUUAUCAUUUAUGAAAAAUAAAACAUUACCAACACCACCUACGUCUCCUGUAAUCUCUGACGAUAAAACUGAUAACCGAGAUCCAUUUUUUUGCUCCGUUGUCGACUUUCGCCACGAAGAAGAGCGAUUGAAAACAUUCGAAAAAUGGCCUUUAACUUUUCUGUCCCCCGAGUUACUGGCACGCAACGGCUUCUACUACCUAGGCAGGGGUGAUGAAGUUCGUUGUGCUUUUUGCAAGGUUGAGAUCAUGCGGUGGGAGGAAGGGGACGACCCCGCUGCAGAUCAUCAACGGUGGGCGCCUCAAUGCCCCUUUCUGCGUAACCACACGAGUGCCGGCAAUGUGCCCGCGGAUACCCCCCCAACGAACGGCCGCGACGAGUGCGGAGUUCGAGCCCCCCCUGCUGCGUCGGUUUGUUUGCCCGGUCCGGAACACCCCAAAUACGCAUCGGAAGCCGCCCGCAUCAGCAGCUUCAAAGAUUGGCCUAGAUCUAUCCGUCAGAAACCGGAAGAUUUAGCCGAGGCCGGCUUCUUUUAUACAGGACAAGGUGACAAGACCAAAUGCUUUUAUUGUGACGGCGGUCUUAAAGAUUGGGAAAACGAUGACAUACCGUGGGAAGAACACGCACGAUGGUUCAGUCGAUGUGCCUAUCUCCAGCUUGUAAAGGGUAAAGAUUACGUCCAAAGAGUUAACACAGAAGCCUGCAUGAUCAAUUCUGAUGAGACCGAAGCUUCAGGAUCUGCCGCCCCCGCAGCACCCCCAGCCCCCCCAGCCACGCAAGUUCCGGAAAAAGAAGAAAAUCUCAUAGACGAUUCCAAACUGUGUAAAAUAUGUUACGUUGGAGAACGCAACAUAGUAUUUAUUCCCUGCGGCCACGUGGUGGCUUGUGCGAAGUGUGCUCUUUCUACCGACAAGUGCCCCAUGUGCCGAAGGACGUUCCAGAACGCGAUACGUUUAUAUUAUUCGUGAAAGAAGUCUGGGUGUAAAAUAUACUAGUCAACAGGAAAACGACAUGUGCUGAAAACACAACCUUCCUGUGAUUUACUUUAAUACCAAGAUCUCAAGUCUUAAAUCUUGGUUUCUGUGUAUUCAAAAUCAGAACAAUAUGAAAGAACAGACAAGAGAAUGUCGAUAAUGGGCCCGAUUCUAUGACUAUCCAGCUGAUCAAGAAUAAACUAAAUUUCAAUCAGAGGACAGUUAUAUAAUCGGGCCCUAAUGCAAUAUCAUUUUAUUAAAAAAAACUAAUGUGUAAUAAAAAUUAAAAAUUAUUUAUAAUUUCAAUAAUGUAAAAAUGUACAGAUUAAUGAUAACAUUAUUAAAAACUAUGUGUAAAAUCUUGAUUUUAUGUAUUGAAUGGAGUUUAUAGACCAUAUAGCAAACCCAAAUGAUAAUAUUAUGUUUAAAAAAAUACAUUUAUUGAAAUUACCUCUGAAGGAUUGAUUGCAUUUUAUUAUUAGCAAUAAAAUGUUUCAUAAUAUAAUAACCCACUGAUUUUAGAUACGUAUCGACAGCUACAGAAGGGUAUCCUUAAUUUCAUUGAGAAAGAAGUAUUUAGUGAUUACCUUUUGUGAUACAAAGAAAAGCUUGAUGUGGUUAUGUGAUUACUACAGAACAAUGCAGCAGUUUAUGUGAUCGAAAGAAUGUAUAAGUAGGUGAAAGUAGUUCCUAUUUAUUGUAAGUACCUAAUAUUUUAUAUGUACUCACAGUUUGAGAUCCAUUUAAUACAUAUUUUCAAGUGUUUUGUGUCAUCAUCAUCAGCCUAUUUGUGUAAUAAUAAUAAUAUAUUAGAAUUGACCUGAAUUUUAAUUUGAUUAAUGAAAAUGUAAAAAUUUCAUUUGCAUUUAAUUUUAAAAAAUAGUUAUUUAUAUUAGAAAUUAGUGGCCCGCUCGCGCUUCGCUUUGGUGUAGAUUUUUAUGACUAACGUUAAAAUAGAUGGUUCAUUUCAACAAAAUUGUUGAGUAUAUAAAAAUUGAUAACCGAGCUCAGUCGAUCCUAUUAAAAAGACAAUCAGUUCCCAAACUGUAGGCGACGUUUCAGUAUGCGGCGGGAUAUCGUUUUAUCUAAUUUAUAGAGUUAAGAAUCAGGCCAUUAAAACGUAUUCGCGACUCUCCGAUUUAUUCCAAAACGCGUAAUAAUGUUUAGGCCAGGUAUAUUUUUUUCUACGUCUUCUUUUCAGCAAACACAAGUAACAGCAUCAGUUUUAGUUCAGGCCAGGUAUAUUUUUUUUCUACGUUUUGUAAUAAGGCGGUUUGUGCCCAAUGAGCAUUUAAGUAAGAUCUAUUUUCCGCAAAAAACUAAGUUUUAUCCACUUGCGCACUUCAACAAUCAUACUAUUUCAUGUUUACGCAUUCCAUAAACGUUAUUCAAACUUACUCAGCUACUAACUUCGAUAAAGAUUCUUUUAAAAUCACUUGAAUACCGUUGCACUAAAAAUUCUCGAGAAAUUAAAAAAACGUUAAGAUUACCUAUCUAUCAUAACUUUGUUUACAGACAGAUACGAAUAGACAUCGUCAUAAUCUUUAUUGUUUAAGUUGUUGUGAUGUCAAUAAAGGAGGACGAGCGAAAUGUACCCAUGACGACCGACCAAUAACGACCAGAUUCAUGUAAUCGGAAAGCUCUUUUCUCGACUAUUAGUUCAAGUAGUUUAGGCUAGUAUCAAUUUGCUAUGGGAAAAUAGAGCUAAAUGUAAUCUGUUAGUCUUUAAUUUCUGUGUUUUGGCUAUAACUUUUUCUUGCCCCUAUAGUGACAAAUGAUUCAUGAGUGCUAUCUAACAACAUAGAGCUGAUCGUUAUUGGUCGGUGGCUACAUGUCCCAUACAUUACUGCCCGUUGUAUAUUUAUUUUAUUUUCAAUUGAAAUAAUUUCAUCAAUGAAUUAUUAAAUUUCUACAAAUUCUUAAUGGUCAAGUAGUAUGUAUAUACAAAUUGUGAUUAUUCAAUUGUACAUUCUCUAAAUUAUAAUUCUUUGCAGCACUUUUUCCGACUGUAGGAACAAAAAAAUUGUAAUGUGAAAUGUAGAAAAACAAGUCCUAAUAUGUAUAAAAUCUUUAUGCAUUAACCCCUUAUUAAUAAAGAAGAAUAAUCUUGGAUUACUUACUCCAUGUUUUGUCUCUGUCCAUUACAAAUCAAAUGGCAUUUGAGUAUUAUGAACAAAACGGUGAAACUUAGUCUAAGCUUAUUUCUCGUUUAUUAAUAUGGGGGUUAUGGUAUAUUAUUUCUGUCCUGAAAAAGAAAUGAUGUAUACCUGAAUGUGAAUUUUUAAUUA